AUGAGAUCGCUACGCUUCAUUGCUGCUGAGGCCCUGGUGUCUCACCCCCAGGUGGUCCAACAGAGCCUGGAUGGUGUGGCCCACAACCUCUACCCACUCCUGUUCAAAGCUAGCUACUUGCUGGAGCAGGCGGAGGUGAUCCGUGUCCUGUUGGAACACUGGCCACUGGAGGAGUUCCGGCUGAGUGCGCUGCUCGGACCGCUCUCAGAACCCACAGAGGACCUGCGAGACCGCACCUGCAGGGCCUGCCUGGAGGCCUGCGUGCAGGGCCUUGCAGACCACGUGCUCCGGGCUGGGGGCCCACGGCGGCUGCGUGUGGCUGACCUCACAGGCGUCCGAGACGUGAAGGUGCAGCAGUGCCCCUGUGGGAGGGCGCUGGGCAGGUGGGGCCGCACGGAGCUGCUGGCCAGGACAUGCUGCCGGCUGCAGGCAGAGUCCCCAGGGGCCCGGAGCCCUGUCCGGGUCCUCGCCGAUCUCUUUGUCACAGAGGGAAACUUCGAGGUGGUGGUGCAGGCCCUGGGGCCAGCAGACCCUGCCCCACUGCGUGUGCACUGCCUUUCCUUCCGGGCAGACAGUCUGGGCCCCAGCCAACUCUUGCAGGUGCUGCGUCUGGCUGGGCCAGGUGAGCUGCGCAGGCUGGAGGUGGUGCACAAUGUGCGGCUGCAUGCUGGCCACGUGCAGUGGCUGCUGGCCCAGGUGGGCUUCCCCCAGCUGGCCUCGCUCACCCUGCCUGCCAAGGCCUUCGAUGCGCCCCCCACCAGCACCUCAGCCCCUGAUGGCGAGGAUCCCCUCCUCACCUCCAUUGCCUGGGAGCUCAGCCAGAUGAGCCAGCUCACUGAGCUGAGUGUGGCCUUCUCCACGCUGACAGGGAAGAUUCCGAAACUGCUCGGCCCCCUACGGACGCCACUGAGGACCCUGGACCUGGCCAACUGCUCCCUGAACCAUGCAGACAUGGCCUUCUUGGCAGACUGCACCCACACCACACACCUGGAAGUGCUGGACCUCAGUGGACACAGCCUGUUCGUCCUGUUUCCUUCCUUCUUCAGGCUGCUGAGCCGGGCUGCCCAGACGCUGAGGGUCCUCACCAUGGAGGAGUGCAGCAUCGAAGAUGGUCACAUGAGCAUGCUGAUCUUGGCCCUGAGCCCUUGCCACGAGCUCUGUGAGCUCCGUUUCCUGGGGAACCCGCUGUCAGCACGGGCCCUGAGGCGCUUCUUUGUGGCUCUCUGCGAGCUGCCCAAGCUGCAGUAUGUUGAGUUCCCAGUGCCCAAGGACUGCUACCCUGAAGGCACCGCCUACCCCCAGGACGAGCUGGCCAUGUCCAAAUUCGACCAGCAGAAAUAUGAUGUAAUUGCCGAGGAUCUCCGUGCAGUGCUGCUUCGGGCUGGCCGGGGAGACAUCCAAGUCUGCACGCCCCUCUUUGGAAGUUUUGACCCAGAUAUCCAAGAAACAAGCAAUGAACUUGGAGCUUUCUUGCUGCGAGCCUUCAAAGCUGCUCUAGAAAACUUUUCCAGGGCACUGGAACAGAUGGAGUAG